AUGUGGACGCACACCAUCACAGGUGACAAUUUUUUGUUUGACAAGGUGAUGGCAUCACGUAGUCGGCCCGCUGUUUUGUCGAUAACGACGCGCUUUUGCUUGCCACAUGAGGGCAUGACGACUCUUGAUUACCUUAGCAGUGGCUCUGCUGUAGUUUUGCGCAACUCCAUGAACUCCUCGUUAAGUAUCAUCACCUCUCACCACGUAGCAUGCCCCUGGAUGUUUCCCAAAUACUUUGCAUCAAUGUGGGACUGGCUGCAGUUCGUAAAUGAGGAUCAUGUACGGCAUUCACUUCAGCUGCUGAUUGAAGACAAUGCAAAUUCAGGACCAAAAGUAUUGUUGGAUCUCCCGCUGGCUCAUCAAGUCCAGACGCAUGGAAGUCGAGACCUAGCGCUAUUGUCGCUGAAGGAUUCUGCUGCUAUUGAGAUCUGGCGACAGGCAGAACAGGAGUUAAAGUUGCAACCUCUGAUGUUACAACAGAUGCCGUGCGAACGGGGUGACCCUCUUAUCUUUUCAGGCCACAAACAACUGUUUAAUGACCAGAAGGAUAUAGGUGGUUAUCAAAUACCUAAGACGGUAAGGGGACACUUUGUCGGACGCAGCACAAGUAGGCAGGAGUUUGCGUGGAGUCAGGAACUGCUAGAAGAAGGAAUGUGCGGUGGAGCCGUAAUAAGUUCAGUCUCGGGUCAGUGUGUGGGUAUUAUCGAGGGAAUCGUCCCUACCAUAAGAAAAGAGGACGAAGACUCGUUGUUGCACGACGAGAAGGCACUUGGAUCAUGGAAGAUGCGACAGGCACUUGCUGGCCAUGUGGCCUUUAUCCCAGCAAGUGACGUGAGGGAAUUUAUCAAAAAUCCAGACGGCUUGUUGCUUACAGGGAUGGAGCUGCCGUUGUUUAUGUGA